GAAUAAAAGGGGGUAGUUCCUAACUUCCUAUAACAGCGGAUGUAUAAAUAAUUCUUGUAUUUCUUUAUCUGAUGUAGCCACACGCACAAAUCACAAUGAAAGUUGUUUGAUUAAGAUUUAAGGUUUUGAUGUUUCUUUCUGCUACUUGGUUUGCCCUUUGAAAUUGGCGGUGAUUUCCAUACAUUUGCCGCGGAGUAAGUGUUUGAGAGAUUGAGAAGACUGAAGAGAUGAGCAGCCCUAAUAGAUUUGAGAAGACUUUUUCAAGGAAGAACAAAAAGAACGAUGAUGAUGACAAAGGCAAGAGCAAUGAGGACGAACUUGUGAUUACAUCUCCACCAUUAGAAUCAUCUUCUCAAGCUCAACAACAGAAUGUGAAUCCUGAGAUUCCUAAUAAUAAAAAUAAACACAAGAGGGUUAAAUUCAUUGUUGUUGAGAAAGGUGAACAAUCUGUCGUCAAGAAGAAAACUUUUGGGAUUGAUGAUAAGAAGAAAGUUGGGGACUCACAGAAAUCUAAGCAGAAGAGAGUGGAAAUUCAAGGAAAGGAUUCGGUGAAGGAAAAGCAGAAGAUUCGGAAUGAAGUGAAAGAUGAAACCCAGAAACAGUCUUUGAAAUUGAAGCUGAAGAUUCAAAAUGGAACCCAGAAGAAGAAUGGGGAAGGGGAGAAAAAGAAGGUUGUGGAUGAAACCCAGAAGAAGAAAAAGGAAGCAAAAAAUGAGGGAGUAGAGAAAAAGAAGGUUGUGGAUGAAACCCAGAAGAAGAAAAAGGAAGCAAAAAAUGAGGGAGUAGAGAAAAAGAAGGUUGUGGAUGAAACCCAGAAGAAGAAAAAGGAAGCAAAAAAUGAGGGAGUAGAGAAAAAGAAGGUUGUGGAUGAAACCCAGAAUAAGAAAAAGGAAGCAAAAAAUGAGGGAGUAGAGAAAAAGAAGGUUGUGGAUGAAACCCAGAAGAAGAAAAGGAAAAUGGGUAAUGGGGAAGUAGAAAAAGGGAAGGUUGUUGAUGGAACCCAGAAGAAGAAAAAGAAAGAAGAUAGUGGGAAUGUAGAGAAAGAGAAGGUUCUAGAAGGAACCCAGAAGAAGAAAAGGAAAGCAGAAAAUGGGGAUGUAGAGAAAGAGAAGGAGAAGAAACCAAAGAAGGAGAAGAUUCAGAGGAAGGAAAAGGAGAAUGACAAUGAACCCAGUUCUGAAUGUGCAUUUCCUACAAAUAGAAUCCUUAGAAUUGUAAAAAGUGAAGGCUCUUCAGAUUACAAGCUCAGUGGAGAGGCUGUUUUCCUCAUCAAUAAAGCCACUGAGAAGUUUAUUGAACUAUUUUCACAAGAUGCUUAUGACAUUGCUGUUGAAAAUCAAAAGCGCUUCGUUGCAUACAAGCACCUCGCCGCAACUGUAAGUAAAAAAAAGAGCCUGGACUUUCUUUCAGACUUUGUACCCGAGAAAAUAACAGUUGAGAAGGCGUUGGUUGAAAGAAAACCUGCAGAAAACCAACCAGCCUAGCGAAGACUUCUUGAUCUUAUGCCUGACAUCGUCCCGAGGAUUUGGAUUCAGGCUUUUUGCCUUGCCCUUGACCAAAUUUUGGAACAAUUCCACUGUGUAUGUAGACGCAAGAAGAUUUUUAUAUUUUUCUGGCAAUGUCUAUCGUAGAGGUCAGGCUUUCUGUGUUGGCAUCUUGAUAUUGUCAGUCUCUAAACAUGAAAAACAGCUGAUUUGGCUAAAUUCUUGUCUUAGAGAAUUUUGAUCACGUACAUGCUCUGUUUCGAUACAUGAUUUGCUAAUCUUCUCGCGAAUCGUGAAGCGCAAAAAACAAAUUAUAGUUGGUUUUGGGCUAUUUUUGGGACAUUUUGAGCAAAUUGAGAAUUCUAAAAACAAAUUAACUAGUGAAUUAUGUAA